AUGCGCCUCCCGUCGGUUCGCUUCCUGCCGUCGAGUGCGGCGCCGGCGGUGGUGGCCGCGAACGCGCGCAUCGCCUGGAUGGCGCGCGCGGGGAACAUGGAGGGCGCCCGCGCGACGUUCGAGGCCAUGCCCCUCCGCACCACCGCUUCCUACAACGCCCUCAUCGCCGGCUACUUCCGUAACCACCUCCCGGAGGCCGCCCUCGGCCUCUUCCGCCGCAUGCCCUCCCGCGAUCUCGGCUCCUACAACGCUCUCAUCUCCGGCUUCUCCCUCCGCCGUCACACCCUCCCUGAUGCGGCGGCCGCGCUCGCCUCCAUCCCCUUACCCCCCUCAGUCGUCUCCUUCACCUCCCUCCUGCGCGGGUACGUGCGCCACGGCUUCCUGGCAGACGCCAUCCGCCUGUUCCACCAGAUGCCCGAGCGCAACCACAUCUCCUACACGGUUAUGCUGGGUGGUUUUAUUGAUGCCGGCCGUCUCGACGAGGCCCGCAAGCUGUUCGACGAAAUGCCUGACAAGGACGUCGUUGCACGAACUGCCAUGCUAUCUGGGUACUGCCAGGUUGGCCGAAUUGCCGAGGCACGCCUGCUGUUUGAUGAUAUGCCGAAGAGGAAUGUUGUGUCAUGGACUGCAAUGAUAUCUGGAUACUCUCAAAACGGGAAGCUUAACCUUGCACGGAAGCUUUUUGAGGUGAUGCCUGAUCGCAAUGAGGUGUCAUGGACUGCUAUGUUAGUCGGGUACAUACAGGCUGGACAUAUCGAGGAUGCCGAGCAGCUGUUUAAUGCAAUGCCAGAGCACCCAGUGGCUGCCUGCAAUGCGAUGAUGGUUGGGUUUGGGCAGCGCGGGAUGGUGGAUGCUGCCAAGGCAGUGUUUGAGAGAAUGCAAGAGAAGGAUGAUGGUACGUGGAGUGCAAUGAUUAAAGCGUAUGAGCAGAAUGAGUUCUUGAUUGAGGCAUUGUCUACUUUCCGUGAUAUGUCAUGGAGAGGUAUCCGUCCAAACUACCCAUCAGUCAUUAGCAUCCUUACUGUGUGUUCGGCACUAGCUAUUCUCAAUUAUGGAAGGGAGGUGCAUGCUGCAAUGCUGAGAUGCUCCUUUGACAUGGACGUCUCUACUGUCUCAGCAUUAAUCACAAUGUACAUCAAAUGUGGAAAUUUGGAUAAAGCUAAUAGGGUCUUCAAUAUGUUUGAGCCCAAAGAUGUCGUGAUGUGGAACUCGAUGAUCACUGGUUAUGCUCAACAUGGGUUGGGGGAGGAAGCACUUGGCAUAUUUAAUGACAUGACGAUUGCAGGAAUGGCACCUGAUGGGAUUACUUAUAUAGGAGUCCUCACUGCUUGUAGCUAUACGGGGAAAGUAAAAGUAGGGAGGGAAAUUUUCAAUUCUAUGUGUAAGAAUUCUGCCAUCCGACCAGGAGCGGAGCAUUACUCUUGUAUGGUUGAUUUGCUUGGUCGAGCUGGACUUGUAGAUGAAGCAUUGGAUUUGAUUAAGAACAUGCCAGUUGAAGCCGAUGCUAUCAUCUGGGGAGCACUGAUGGGUGCCUGUAGGAUGCACAAGAAUGCUGAGAUUGCCGAGCUUGCUGCAAAGAAGCUAUUAGAGCUAGAGCCCGAGAGUGCUGGACCAUAUGUUUUGCUCUCUCACAUUUAUACAUCCAUUGGGAGGUGGGAAGAUGCUUCUAAGAUGCGGAAAUUCAUUAGCUCAAGGAAUUUAAACAAGUCUACAGGCUGUAGUUGGAUAGAGUACGACAAGAGGGUGCACCUCUUCACAUCUGGUGAUAUAUUAGCACACCCAGAGCAUGCUAUUAUCCUUAAGAUGUUGGAGAAACUAGAUGGUCUACUGAUGGAAUCUGGUUACUCAGCUGACGGAAGCUUUGUGCUCCAUGAUAUAGACGAAGAGCAAAAACUUCAUAGCUUGCGAUAUCAUAGUGAGAGGCAGGCUGUGGCGUAUGGACUUUUGAAAGUUCCAGAAGGAAUGCCCAUUCGUGUCAUGAAGAACCUUAGAGUGUGUGGUGACUGCCAUGCUGCUAUGAAGUUGAUUGCAAAAAUAACUUCCAGGGAAAUCAUACUCAGAGAUGCUAAUAGGUUCCAUCAUUUCAAAGACGGAUUUUGCUCAUGCAAGGACUAUUGGUGA